UCUUUUUCUUUUUUGAGAAUUCAGAGUGUUGUCUGUUUUUUAGGGGUAAAGCUAGAUUUUACUGCUCAAAAACCUUGACAACACAGUGCGUGACCCGCCGGAUCGAGCUCGUAUUUUAUUCUUGGCCUUGGCCUUGGCCUCAUCCUCCCUCCGGCAAGGCCGCAAGGGCCCAAGGGCGUCGACGACAAAGCUGAAGCCAUGGGUAGAAAUGCAGCGCUGAUCCCGCGGGUCGGGAACCAACCGACCGAGCUUGGCCUUGGGUGGACGAAAAACGACUCGCUCAAGAGCCAUGCGUAUGGUCGCCGAGUGUCUGUCUUGGAACAAAAAACGAGCUGCACAAACUGACAAGGGUGAGGACAAAGCUAGCCAUGAGGUCGUCCAGCCCCAGCCGGAGACACAAACCGACAGGUCAACGUCCACGCCCUCCACAGUAUUGAAACAUAUAUCAUCUCCCUCACUGACGCAGGCAGCAGCAUGAGCUGACUUGAGAAUAAUGUCUGGACUUUGGAUGAGAUGAUCCAACAAACCACGCCACGCACAACAACCCAGAUCCAGCAGAAUCCAAUCCCCUCCCUCAUGCUCUUCAUUCUGUUCUGGAUGGUCCAGUGUCGUCGUCCUCUGCUCGGCCUCGGCGGAUAGCCAACAGAUCCAUCAGGUACACUCCAAUCCCCUCCCUCAUGCUCUUCAAUCCUCUUCUGUUCGCACCACAUAAAUGUCUAAUUGCUCCUAUUUGCUUGCAUCUUGGCUUCUGCUUCUGUCUGCAGUGAGUAGGGUAAACGCAGCAGCAAAUUAGCUAGGUUCCUCUCGUCCUUUUACUCGGAGCGAGGAUCAUAUCAUCAUAUCAACUUCAGUGUAGAAAUAUUGCCUCCGAUCAUCUGCGAGUCUGCGUGAUCCUGUGCUUUCAGACGCAGCAGAAAUCGUUUUGAGGCAUGGCCGAGCACGCGGUUGCCGCCGUGCUGCAGAGGGCAGGCGCCACGGUGAUCCAAGAAGUCGCUUCUCUGGGCCAGGUUCCUGCCAAGGUGGAGGCCCUCAAGUCCGAGCUCAAGCGCAUGCAGUGCUUCCUCAGGGACGCCGACGCGAGGAUGGAGAGGGGCGAGAACGAGAUGCUCAGCCAACUGGUGUCGGAGGUCAGGGACGUCGCCUACAGCGUCGAGAUCAUCAUCGACACGGCCAACAUCUUGGCCAGGGAGACCAGCAGACCGCCGUCCCUCCUCGGCGCCAUAUCCAAGGGCGCCUGUUACCCCGUCCACUGCAAGCGUCUGUACAGCAUUGGGAAAAGAAUCGAUCAGGUGACAGCGAGAGUUGGGGCAAUCUUCAGAGAGUUCGCGAAAUACAGCAUUUCUUCUAGUACUGGCCUGAAUGAGACGAGACACAGUAUGGAUGAGAACGAGAGUAUGCGCGCAAGAAGACUGACGCUCCCAGAUUUUGGGGACGACGUCGAUGUCAUUGGCUUUGACAGCGAAAUCAACCAGGUCAAGGAUGAACUGCUUGACUCGGAGAACAAGGACCUCACUGUCAUCUCCCUUGUUGGUCCAGGGGGGGCAGGGAAAUCAACCAUUGCCAGGAAGGUCUAUAAUCUUGUCGCCAAAAAGCAUUUCAACUCCUGCGCAUGGAUAUGCAUCUCACAGCAAUUUACAGUCUAUGGUGCACUGAAGGAUAUCGUUAAAGGGGCCAUGGGGAGUCAAGACUUCGAAGAACUAGGAACAAUGAGCGAGAUGGAAAUUAUAAAGAAGAUCCACAGUUUUCUCAAGGAUAAAAGGUACCUGGUAGUCUUAGAUGAUGUCUGGAGAAUCGAAGACUGGGAUAUGGUCCAAGCUGCCUUUCCUGAUGUGAAAAAUGGAAGCAGAAUUGCUCUGACAACUCGCAACUCAGCAGUUUCCAAUCACCCCAAUGCAAGAAAAAUAAUCCAGGAGGUAAAGCUCCUUAACAACGACGAAAGUAUAGAGUUAUUCAAUAGAAAGGCAUUCCCUUCCUAUGUCCUCCAUGGCAGAGAUGAUCUGGAUAGCUUCAGAGAACUAGGCAAGGCCCUUGCAUUAAAAGGUAAUGGCUUGCCUCUUGCAAUUGUAGUCAUGGGAGGUUUCCUUUCAAAGAAUCUCAGGAUCACCGAGUGGAGAAGAAUGGUUGCCAGCAUAAACUGGGAUGCAAUGAAGAACGAGGGUGACAUCAGAGCCAUACUGGACCUAAGUUACUAUGAUCUGUCAAGUAAUCUGAAGGUGUGCUUUUUGUACAUCACAUCAUUCCCAGAAGACUAUGCAGUCCCGGUAGGCCUUCUUACAAAGUUGUGGAUUUCAGAGGGUUUCAUACCGAACGUGCGUGGACGCUCCCUUGAAGAAACUGCGCUCGGGUAUGUGGAAGAACUGGCCCAGCGCUGCUUGAUCCUAAUUGAAAAGAAGAGCUCCAGGUGCAUCAGGACCGUUAAGGUACAUGACGUGUUGCGCGACUGGGGAAUUGGGCGAGCUCGAAGAGAAGGGUUCUUGAAAGACUGCAGUUCCAGAGAUGAAGUGGAGACCUCAUAUUCCAAUGAAAUGAGAGCUUACAGAGUGGUUCUCUAUGACUCUGUUUGCGUGAAGGUCGGUGUUGCUAUGCCAAAUCUGCACACCUUGCUGAUCUUCAAUGCAGCUCGGCUAGAAAGGAACGUCUUCUCUUUCCGAGGCUUGAAUUACCUGCGGAUACUCUACUUUGAUGGCAUGAGAGGGAGAUGGCAGCUACCUGCAGAGAUCGGCCAGAUGGUACAUCUGAGGUACCUUGGCUUGAAAGGUGGCACAUAUGUACUUCCUGCUUCCGUCAGUAAUCUCACAAACUUGCAUACUUUUGAUGCAAGAGAUGCCGUAGUGGAAGCGCUCCCUAUUGAUCUCUUGAGCAUCUCGACACUGAAGCAUGUUCAUAUCUACAAGGUCGAGUCAUGGUCCGUGUGGAAGACUACCAUCCAGAGCAACCUGAAGUCUCUCUUCAUAUUCCUGGCAGCCAACACCCCAAAGCAAUGGGAAGGAGCAAUUGACAGAAUGGAAGAGAACCCCUCCUGGUGCUUUGGGAAGCACUACCGGAGCGUCAAACAGCUGGAAAUUGUCGGGGCGUGCGAGGACGAGUUCGGGGUGCCCAACGACCUGCAUCUUCCUGAUCUGCACCUCCUCCCGCACAACCUCAGACGGCUGAAAAUUAGUUGUCCUAAUCUGCUGAAUGAUGAAGACCCCAUGCCAUUACUUGGGAGCUGGCUGACGUUCCUGAAUGUGUUGGAAAUAGGGGUCAAGUCAUACACUGGCGCGACCAUGACCUGCCCUUCUGGUGGGUUUCCAGACCUGCACAAUUUGGUGCUCCACGAUCUGGAUAUCGAGGAGUGGAUAUUGGAGGAUGGUGCCAUGCCAAGGCUCAGGAUACUAACUCUCUGCAAGUGCACCAAGCUGAAGACACUUCCACAAGGAUUGCAGCAUCUGAAGGAACUUAAGAAGCUGAAAGUGAUAGCGAUGCCCGAGUUGGAUCAAGUAUUAUGCUACCUGCUCCACAAGGCCGGACGCGAGGUUGUCCUCAGGUCGAGUGAGGAGGACUUUGAGCAUGUACAGAUCCCCAAGUAUGACAUGUAAGGAGUGGACAAUGGGGAGCGGAAGCAAUUUAAAUUCACUGCCAUCUUACAUGCUGGGGCCUGGUGGAACGGAUAUCUUCGAAAGGUGUACAGGUCUCUCCUGCAAGCUACUGACCUGAUACCGACAAACUGUCAAUUGUGCUUAUAGGUUUAUGUCGCUACUAUUUGUUAUGUACUUAUAUAUGUGUAAACACAGUAUUUGAUACCCAGAGUAAAUGUGUAUACUGUGCAACUCCGAUGUACAUGACACGGUUUGUAAUCUGAAUAAAAAAAUAAAGGGCUGGGAGGAGAUGAGACACCCCGAAUUGCGGCCACGGAGUGCUCUGUUCUCACA